AUGCCCCGCCUUCGAGCAGUGGCCAACCUGCCUGGACCCCAUUGCGCGGAUGACCCCAAAUGCCCUGCCCGCCCCAAGCGCGUUCACGGCAUGGUCCGGCGCCUGACGAAGGAGGAGAAGAGCCUGGCCAGAGUGUCCGACCAGUCUGAUCAGAGCCCUGGCAGGCCGCAGAUACUCCUUGAGUCAACGGCGCCGCGGGCAGCUGGAGGAGAUGGAAGCUCCGACAUGGGCGCCAUUUACGAGCCAGCCGCGCCGUCAACCCCAUGCAUCGUUGUGGCCACAACGCCGCCGCAUUCCUGUGACGCUACCCUAAUGCCUCGCUGUUUUCCACGCAAUCGAAGCGAUAGGAGGAUCUUGCGAAUCUUCCAAGCCAACGUAGGCAAGAUUCCGCCGGCACACGAUUGUGCCCUUGCGUUGGCCGACUCGGAACAAUACGACAUUAUUUUGUUGCAGGAGCCAUGGACAGGACUGAAAGAUGGCCGAUGCCUCACUAAGACGCAUCAGGCCUACGACACCUUCUCACCCGUCAACGACUGGGACGGCCGCGACACUCGCCCGAGAGUCAUGACAUACGUCCGGCGUUCCGCAGGUCUCGUCGCUGAUCAAAAGAGACCUGCGGCGACUCGUGACAUCCUUUGGCUCACCGUCAACGGCAUAACAGUCGUCAACUUCUAUCGGCAGCCGUACCACGACGGAGCCCUUGAAAUCUUGCUUCAGUGGACCGUACCGGACAAGUGUCUUGUUGCUGGUGAUUUCAAUGCCAAACAUCCCAGCUGGCAGGCCGGUCGACGAGAGGACCGCGGCGAAGAAAUAGCGUUUUGGGCAAUGGACAAUCGACUCGGCUUACUGAAUCCUGUCGAUGUCCCGACCAACGCACACGGCAAUACGGUUGAUCUCGCCUUCUGCAACAUACCUCUGGCCGACGCUGUUGUCGAGGAUCAUCUAGCAACCGGCUCCGAUCAUUUUACCCUUAGUAUCACGCUGCCAGGACAAGUUCUGGCACCCCUUCCAAUAGGAAAGAUCCAUCUCAACUCCGACGAGGAAUUGAAGCGAUUCAUUGAAUUAGUGGAGGCCGGUGCCGCCUUCAUCCCGAUCACCACGGCAUCUCCUUCCGAGCUCGACAGCUUUGCGUCGGCGCUCGUGAACCUUCUUGGUUGUGCAGCCAGAGCUGCCGGUCGACCUGCCCGUAAGACUACGCAUGGUGCGCGGUGGUGGACUGAAGAAUGCGCAAAGGCGGCGGCCAAUUACCGCGCGUGGAGGAGAGUUCACUCUCGGCUUCGACCGAGAAGUACAGCUAGCCAAGAGGAGCUCCAUAGCGUGGUGCGCCGGGCCAAGCGCCUUUACUGGCGUAACGAUUGA